AAUACAAACCCCUUCACUCUCCAACCAACCGUCAGCCGCCUCUGCCUAAACAAAUACUCUUGCAAACCCUAGACCUCUGUAAAACCUUUCAUUUCCCGUUCAAACGCCCGGUGAAUCGCCAUGGCCAAGAAGAAGAUCGCCCCUCGCAAAGAGGAGGACCACGUUGACGCUCAGCUUCCUACCGCAACAGACAAUGGGUUCGGGAAGCUGGAGAGUCUCAGGGACCUUAACAAAGUGCUUCUCAAGGAGACAGCCGAGAAGAGACAUCUGGUUGACACUCUCCAGAAGGACAAGUUCUCUUUGGAAUCGGAGCUGGCUAGAUCCGAGUCGGAGAAGUUGUCUGUGAGUGCAGAGCUGGCUCGCUUGGGUGAUAGUGCGGCGCGGUUGGAGCUCGAGAAGACGUUGGAGGCUGUGUUUAUCCGUGCCCAGAUGGUUCACCAGAUGAAUGCCAUGGAGGAGGGGAGUGUAGAGAUGAGGAAAGAAAGGGAUGAUGCUGGUGAAAGAGUGAAGGAUUUAAAGAGAGAUAUUGAUCUCAUUGUGAAGGAGAAGAGUGCGAUUGAGAAGAUGAUAGGAGAGAGGGAGUUUGAAAUCGAGUCUUUGCAGCAUAGACUGAAAAUUCAAAAUGCUGAAAUGGAUGCAGAGAGGAACAUUUCUAUUCAAAUAAAUUGCCAGAAGGAAGAACUGGCAUCAAAACUUGAUGUUCAAAUCUCUGAGACCAAUGCAUUGAGAAAUAAUCUGAUUGAAGUAGAGAGGAGAGAGAGGGAACUCAUUCACCGAGCUGACAAAUUAUGGGUUGAAUACAGUGUUCUGUUUAAUGAAAAAGAAGAGAAAGAGAGGAUGCUGCACUCUGUUAUGAGUGAUAAGGAAAUGCUGGAAAGGAGCUUGGUCGAUUCAACUCGGAUCAUAGAUGAACUGAAUGGAAAAAUUGGGGAGAUUGUGAGGGAGAAAGUAGCCAGUGAAAAGGAGAGAAAUGUUGAAAUGGAGAAAAGGCUUGAAUUGGAGAAUGAAGUGAAUUUACUCGAUAAGAAGCUCUUGAGCUUGAACAAAAUUGUGGAUGAAUUGAGAGGAAAUUGUAUCCAGUUGGAGAUGAAGUUUGAAGAAAGUGUAGAGAAGGGGAAGGAUAUGGAAAGGAAAAUAAGUGAACUGAUGGAAGGGAAGAAUGAGAGUGAGAGUAAGAUCUCCAUGCUGCUUGGGGAGAAGGAUUUUAUUGAGAAGAGAUUGACAGAUGCAUUACAGGAAGUAGAGGAGAAGAAACAGUGUCUUGAGAGGGUGGUUCGUGAAAAAAUGGAAAUGACAGAAGCAAGAAUUAAAGCGGAAGCUGUGAUUGUUAAAUUACAGCACCAAAUGGGUGAACUUAAGGCUGAUCUUUCUGGGUUGGAAGAGUAUUGCAAGGUUCAAGAAGAGAAAAUGGUUAAAUUGGUAGUCGAAGUAGGGAGCUACAAAUCCGCAUAUGAGAGAGCAUUGCUUGAGAGGGAUAGUGCUACCAAGGGACUUGAUAUAGAAAAACAGAAAGGUCUGAUAAUGGAUGAGAAGAUUCAAGAACUGGAGAAUCGCAUUGGUGAAGUUUCUCUGGAGCUUGCCAAUACUGAGGCUGAUUAUGCCAAGGCAGUAGACGGGAAGAAAGUGCUAGAAAUCAAAUAUGAAACUCUUAACAAUGAGAUUCUUUCUCUCCAAGCCCAACUUGCGGAAGCAAGGAAGGAACUCAUAUCGAAACAGACUAAUCUACAAUUAGCAGACACAGGCUUAGAGGGUGUUCUGAAGAUGUUGAAGAUCACAGCAGUGUGGGUUGGUGGGUCAUUGAGAGAUGACGAGAUGGACAACAUUUAUUCUGAGCAUUUCAACGAAAGCCAAAUUAGUCCCCAUGUGUUUGAAUUGGAAGCAAUUAAGAAAGGCUUUAAGACUAGAGAGAUCAAAGUUGAGGAAAUGAAGAGGGAAGUUGAGUUCUUGAAGAGCUCUGUUAGGCAAGCAAACAAAAAAAAGAGUUUGUGGGCCCUUUUCUCUUCUGCAACUACAAUUUUUGCUGCGAUCUCUCUAGCAUAUGUUGCGCGGGUUCAUUGAACUAAGGGGUUUGGCAUCAUCUUUCUCGUUUUUAUUACACUACUAUUAGUCUGGUUAUCUUGUACUACGUAAUUGUCAAUCUCUUCAUUUUCAGAAAUUGUGUUUGUUCUGAGAACCCUUUAUUAUCCUUGUUUGGAACGUAAAGGCGUGUAUGAGAGAGACUAAAGACAGCUAAAGAAUCACUUCAUUUGCCAAUAAAGGCUCUUCAAGUUGACUAGAUUAUAUAUUUAGUUUCAAGAUGCGAAUAGCACAUAUUUUUCUCAGGUUUUGGACUUUUGGACAUGAACUUACCUUUCCCAUCUACAAUUUAAUGAGAUUUUAAUUCCAC